AUGGCACUGAGCGCGGCAGCCCAGUACGGUGCGCAGCACCUCACACGCGGCAUUGGGCGACUCUCGCAGCAUGUAUUCGUUGAAGGCCACGGCUCGUACCUCACAACCGAUACGGGCAAGCGCCUGCUUGACAUGACAUCCGGCAUUGGCGUUGUGAAUCUCGGCCAUUGCCACCCUGCGGUGACGCGGGCCGCGCAGGAGCAGUGUGGCAAGCUGACGCACGCGCAGCUGAACAUUGGCUUCAAUGGCCCACAGAUCGGGCUCCUUCGAGCGCUGCAGCCCAUCAUGCCGCACCCGUCGCUCGAUACGUUUUUCCUGUGGAACUCGGGCUCGGAGGCCGUCGAGGCGGCCGUCAAGGUCGCGCGUAUGGCCACGGGCCGCCCUCACAUUGUUGUGGCACAGGGAUCGUACCAUGGGCGCACGGCAGCGACAGCCGCGAUGACGCGCAGCAAGACGCUGUACGGCGAGGGCGUCGGGCCCCUCAUGCCCGGCGUAUUUUCCAUGGCGUUCCCGUACUACUCCCAAAUGUGUAUGCCGCACGGCACGCCGACGGAGACGCUGGUGGACGUCGCUCUACAGCGUGUGCGGCUGCUGCUCAAGCAGGAGACGGCACCCCGCGAUACCGCGGCUAUCCUGCUCGAGCCCGUGCUGGGCGAGGGCGGCUAUGUUCCGGCGCCGCCUGCGUACCUCGAGGGCCUGCGCCAGAUUUGCGACGAGCACGGCAUGCUGCUUAUCGUCGACGAGGUGCAGUCAGGCUUUGGCCGCACGGGCAAAAUGUUUGCCAUUGAGCACACAGGCGUCCGGCCCGACGUGAUGGUCUUUGCCAAGGGCAUCGCAAACGGCUACCCCCUGAGCGGUAUUGUCGGCUCGAAAGCGCUCAUGGACGUCAUGCCGCCGGGCAGCAUGGGCGGCACGUACGCGGGCAACGCCGUCUCUUGCGCGGCCGCGCAGGCUACGAUCCAGGCAUUCCGCGACGAGCACGUCCUUGACAACGUGGCGGCCCGCCACACGGAGCUUCUCGAAGGCCUCGAUGCACUGCGUGCGAUGCCCGUCGGCCAGCUGAUCGAGGAUGUGCGAGGCCACGGCUUGAUGAUCGGUGUGCAGUUCCGCGCGCCGCGCCCCAUCGCCGGCCCUCUCACGAAGGCGUGUCUAGAGCGUGACAUGCUGCUCCUCAGCACAAGCGCCUUCGAUGCCGUCCGCUGGAUCCCCCCGCUGACCGUUUCGCGCGAAGAGCUCGCGCAGGCGCUGCAGAUUUUCAAGGACGCGCUCGAGGCCGUCGCGCGCGCUGAGGGCUUCCUGUAG